AUGCAGUUGCCGCUGAUUGUGUUAUUUUUAAUAUUGAAUAAUGUAUUUGGUGAUAAAGGACAGGAUUUUAAUAUUGUUCAAGAGGCUAUUAAUCAAUUGUCUGAUGAACAAAAACAACAAAUACUACAAUUACUAAUGGGGGGGGGUAGAGCACAAUCAAGACAAGAUAUUUCGAGACAAGAUAAUUCGAACUGGUGUUGUACGAUUGAUCCAGGUAUUGAAGCAUUAUCGAAAACGAGAAUGGUUCAGUUUUAUGUUCAGCGACAUGCCAGAACCAAAUGUGGUUACCACGAUUGUGGACUAUUUGGUUGGUCAUCAUGUACAAAAUGGUGUGAUAACUACUGGAGUGAAGCUCAAUGGAAUGUUGAAUCGUAUCUCGUUUAUCAAGCACGAUUAUGUCCUCAAACGAAUUUAAAAUGUUGUGCUGGAUAUCUCACCAUUGUUAAUCAUUGUUUUACAUUCGAAGAAAUCAUGAAUAAUAAAGAAAUAUUUGAUCAAUUAGUGGCACUUGGUAUUCCAAUUAAUGCACUUGGAUAA